AUGGCGCCCCCUCCCAAGCAGAGAAAGGUGGCCAUUGUCGGCAGCAGAGCCGUCGGCAAGUCGAGUCUGACGGUGCAAUUCGUCGACGGGCACUUUGUCGACAGCUACUACCCGACCAUCGAGAAUACUUUCAGCAAGAUGAUCAAGUACAAGAACCAGGACUAUGCGACUGAGAUCAUCGAUACGGCUGGCCAGGAUGAAUACAGCAUUCUCAACUCCAAGCACUUUAUCGGCAUUCAUGGCUACAUGAUUGUCUACUCGGUUGCCAACAAGCAGAGCUUCGAGAUGGCGCGCAUCAUUCGCGAUAAGAUCCUGAACCACCUUGCCGUCGAAUGGGUUCCCCUCGUCAUCGUGGGCAAUAAGUCUGACCUGCGUCCCGAACAACGCCAAGUCACGCCUGAAGACGGCAAAGCCCUCGCCGCCGAGUUCAAAUGUGCCCACACCGAAGCCAGCGCGCGCUACAACGAGAACGUACAAAAGGCCUUUGAGCUUAUGAUUGCGGAGGUGGAGCGGUCCCAGAACCCUGUCGGCGUGGACAAAUACCCGGCUCUCCAGAAGGAGCGCGAGGACAAGGAGAAGAAGCGGCGGAACAGUGCGCACAUGCUCAAGCACCCGUUCGACCAUCUCACGAACGCGCUCAAGAAGAAGUAA